UCAUCAGCAAGAACCUUCCAUCCUGACAACACUUUGACUUGACAACACUUGGCCACUGUGUCAACAGUCAUCAUCCCCCCCUCCCCCCUUCUCAUGGGUCGAUAGACGGACACUCGCUGCGACUAGUUCCUUUCUGUUCUGUUCUGCUAUGACUCUCCGCCGCUGUCUGCAUUUUGACCGAACAUCCACCUCCAUCGUCCCUUGAACUCCCCCUCACCCCCUCAUUGCUUUCGAGUCCGCCGACUCCGAAGGCAGCCCGGCUGGUCGAAGAUGGAAGAGCAGGUAGCAAAUGCCAUUGAAAUCGCCUGGAACCCGUCCUCCGACCAAGCCCUCAAGGCCCAGGCCUUCGACUACCUAAACCAACUCCGCACCGACCCCUCCGGAUGGCAGGUUUGCCUCGCCCUCUUCACCAAGACCCCCCAAUACUCCGAGAUCAUACGGCAUGUGGCGUUGGAAGUGGUCAACAGUGCCGCCCAGGCGGGUCUCAUUGAUCCCCAGGCACUGGCAUACGUGCGGGAUGGCUUGAUGACCUACCUCCGCCAGGUGUACGGCCAGGAGAACGCCACGCCCGACCCGCCCAACAUCCAGAACAAAAUCGCUCAGACUAUCACCUUCCUCUUCUCCGCACUCUACGGCAAUGGCUGGGAAACUUUCUUCGAUGACCUCCUCAGCCUCACAUACAAGAGCCCGGCCAGCACGGGGCGCGACAAUCCGCUCGGGAUCGUCUUCUACCUGCGGGUCGUCAACUCGAUCCACGAGGAGAUCGGCGAUGUGCUCGUGUCACGGUCCCGCGUCGAGCAGGACAAGGCCAACUUGCUCAAGGACCUGAUCCGCUCCCGCGACAUGCAGAAGAUCGCCAGCUCGUGGCAAGAGAUCUUGUCGGAGUGGCGGGACGGAAACGACCUGAUCGUGGAGAUGUCCCUCAAGGCGGUCGGAAGCUGGGUGAGCUGGAUCGACAUCGGCUUGGUCGUCAACCAGACCAUGCUGGACCUUCUGUUCCAGCAACUGGGCCGGGCGCAAAAGGCGGAUCUCAGAGCCGGGGAAGAGAAGGUGCGCGAUGCGGCGGUCGAUGUCUUCACGGAGAUCAUCGGCAAGAAGAUGAAGCCUGAGGAUAAGAUUGAUAUGAUUAUUUUCUUGAAUCUCGACACUAUUGUUACCCAGCUGUCCAAUAGCCCUCCUCUUUUUGAGAAUAGGUUUACCUUCAAGUACGAUACUGACCUGGCGGAAACCGUGGCCAAGUUAGUCAAUAUUACCGUCAUUGAUAUUGUACGGGUUCUGGAGCAGGACACCGUUCUGCCCGAGAGCAGGGAGAAGGCCACCGGCCUGCUGCAGGCCUUCCUCCCGCACAUUCUGAGAUACUUUUCCGAUGAGUACGACGAGGUCUGCUCGACCGUGAUCCCCUGCGUCAGUGACCUCCUGUCCUACCUGCGGAAGAUCGCCAAGGUCAAUCCUGUCCUGGCUGCCCAGCACUCGUCCAUCCUGUUGCCCAUCCUGAAGGCCAUCAUCGCCAAGAUGCGCUACGACGAGACCUCGUCCUGGGGCGACGAGGAUGACCAGACCGAUGAGGCAGAGUUCCAGGAGCUUCGGAAGCGCCUCGCUGUGCUGCAGCAGAUCGUCGCGACCGUGAACGAACAGCUCUACAUGGAGGCCGUGUCGGAGGUGGUGGGCACGACAUUCGAGAACCUGCGGCAGUCGGGGGCUCAGUUGGACUGGCGGGACCUGGACCUGGCCUUGCACGAGAUGUUCCUGUUCGGUGACAUUGCCGUCCGGGCCGGCAGUCUGUACGCCAAGGGCUCCCCCAAUAACCAAGCCGCGGAGAGAUUGGUCGAGAUGAUGUUGAAGAUGGUCGAGUCGGACAUCCGGUCAUUCACCCACCCGGCCACGCAACUGCAGUACAUGGAAAUCUGCGUCCGCUACAGUUCAUUCUUUCAAUACCACACUCACCUCAUCCCAAGUGUGCUUGAGAGCUUCCUCCAGCUGGUCCACCAUCCCGUCAAGAAGGUCAAGACGCGGUCGUGGUACCUGUUCCAGCGCUUGGUGAGGCAGCUGCGUGCCCACCUCGGCAAUGUGGCGCAGACAGUCGUCGAGGCUUUGGGCGAUGUGCUUGUGAUCACCGCAGAGGUCACUUCCGAAGGAUCGGAUGGAGAUGAGAUGUCCUCGGAGGACCAUGAGGGGUCAGCCGAUGCCGUCUUCAACAGCCAGCUGUACCUGUACGAGGCCGUGGGUAUCAUCUGUUCUACGCCCACUGUUCCCGCGGACAAGCAGGUUCUUUACGCACAGUCUGUCCUGAACCCCGUCUUUAUGGAUAUGGAGAAGAACCUGGCUGCGGCCAAGACCAACGACGAACGGGCCAUACUCCAAAUACACCACGACAUCAUGGCCUUGGGUACCUUAGCCCGAGGCUUCUCCGACUGGAUGCCCGGGACCAGCUCGCCCGCCGCUCUUCCCGCGGCGGAAGUGUCAGAGGCGUUCAUGCAGGUGUCAGAGGCCACUCUGGUGGCGCUGGAGUCCCUGAAGAACUCGUUCAAUGUGAGGACGGCGGCGCGGUUUGCCUUUUCGCGCCUGAUCGGAGUCCUAGGAUCGCGCAUCCUUCCCCAGUUGCCACGGUGGAUCGACGGCCUGCUCACGCAGACAUCGUCACGUGACGAAAUGGCACUGUUCCUGCGGCUGCUUGACCAGGUUAUCUUCGGGUUCAAGUCGGAGAUCUACGCCAUCCUGGACACCCUGUUGACUCCUUUCUUGCAGCGGGUGUUCUCUGGCAUCGCGGAUCCCCCAACUGGCACCGACGACGAGGUGCAGCUGGCCGAGCUGAAGCGGGAGUAUCUGAACUUCUUGCUGGCUGUUCUGAACAACGAACUCGGAGCUGUGAUUAUCAGCGAGCGGAACCAACCUAUGUUCGACACGGUUAUCACCACGAUCGAGCACUUCGCCAAAGACGUCGAGGACUUCACGACCGCCAAGAUGGCAUUCUCGGUUUUGACCAAGAUGGGCAGCUCAUGGGGCGGACCUGAUAUUGGCCCGGAGGGCGCAAACGGCAUGGCGCCUCAGCAGCCCGCCCUCCCCGGCUUUGGCCAGUUCAUGAUCACCCGACUGUCCCCGCUGUGCUGGGCACUCCCCGCGACACCCACGUUCAACUCGAAGGACGCGCAGGCCAAGCAGGUCCUAAUGGAGGUGGGUGGUCUUCAGCGCACGAUAUACGGUAAGACAGGAAUGGAGUACAUCGAGUACCUACGGGACCGCGAAUUGCCGGGCAUGGGCAUGGGAGCGGACCUGGUGGAAGAGUUUGUGGGAGCGUUGAGCCGGCUGGACCUGAAGGGAUUCCGCAUGUUCUUCCCGGUAUGUCUAUCCAUAACGCUUUCUGAAGUUUUACUAACCCUCCAAAGUCCUUUAUCCAGCGAUUGAGCGCCUGAUAUAAUAUUGUGGUGUUUUCUCGUCUCGUCGCAUCUCACGAUCAUAUCUGAUCGAUUUCUUUAUUAUAUUUUCUCCGCCCGAUCAUUUGUUUCAGUCCUAGAUUCCCCCACGGUUUGGUUUGAUGACUGAUGUUCUUCUGUGACCAUUUCCACACUCAUCCUCACAACACAACUUAAAGCACUGGAUCUCUCGGCGGCAUUUCCCGUUUACUCACUCUGUCUGUCUGUGGUUAUCUCGCGGUCAUUGUUCCGGAAAUAUGGAUUAAAAAAAAGGGUAUAUAGUUUGGCAUUCUAUUGCAUGAGCAGGCGUUUCAGUCUUACCACUACCGUUUGCCUGUAUGCUCUUUUGCUUUUGCGUUUAUGGUAUGGAUGAGGGCUAGAAUAGUCAAUCAAUAGAUAGUUUGGCAUGUUUUCUUGGCUGGCGGGUGGGCGGGUCGUUGGAUAGAUAA